CAUCAACCUCCAGGGCAAUUAUGCUAUAUCUUCCUCGAACAUCGGCUGAGCCCACUGUUACUUCAUAUGCAUUCGAAGACUCCAGAAUGAUUUGAUCGCGUCUAGUAUCUGUGACCGCCUCAACCAGGCUGGGAACAGAAACAGGACCAUCGAAACGAAACUCGCGCGAGUGAUAUACAGAUUGUUCGCUGUCCGUGAUCAGUUCGUCUUCCUGCUUUUGGAAUGGAAAGCUCGCAGAGCCAUUCAAUAAGUGGCGAAAGCUUUCGGAUUGGUAUAGGAGACUUUCCCUUGUUGAACAUUGACCUUGCAACGACAGAUCUAGGCACUUUGAUUUCCUUUCAUGUGACUUGUUCCAUGAUUGAACGGCCUUCCACCAGUUCUGUACAACCUUCUUACUUUCUCCAUUGGUGCAAAUCGAUUCCGGAUGAUAUUGCAAUGCCCAGAAUGGCUUUCUUGCGUGCCUUGCAGCAACCAAGACUCUCGCAUCUUUGACACCGCAAUCGCUAUCCUUGGAAAGGUCACUCUCGACCCAGGCAAGAGGAAAGAGUUCCGGACAACUGGGGGAAGGAUCCCAUUUUCUGACACUCCAUUCGGCAUCCGAGAUGGACGCUUGUCCAAUGUCCGCACACAAACUCUGGUAAAGCGUGGCCUGAACACUUCCUACACCAGCAAAUAUAGAAUCGCCACUUGCCGACCCGGAACCGCCAAUAUGGGUAAUAUCUCGUAUGAUGCCAUGUUGAGGACCCUUCAAUCUUUCGAUUCGCCCCCCAAACUCCAAACAUAAGCUCUGAAAGCCCAAGCAAAUCCCGAGAACGGGCAAUGUAUGUUCAUCGCUCAACCUCCAGAUUCUCUUCACGAGCCCAAUAUCUUUUUCUACGGCGGGAUGCCCUGGGCCAGGUCCGCAGACUACCGCAGCAUAAUUUCUCAAUUCGUCAUAUAACUCAUCGUCGGUUUCGAAGGCGGGGCUAUCGAUUUUGACCGUACGAACGGAGGCGUCGAGGGUGGUUUCGAGGAGAGAGAUGAUGUUCUUGGAAAAGCUGUCGUAGGCAUCGAUGAAGAGAAUCAGAGGCUUUGGGACAAGCAUUGCCACGAUAUGUCGUCUCUUCCUCCCGAUGUAUACACAUGUGAAGAAACGGACCUACUCGUACUCAUAACCAGACUUCUUGGAAAAUUUUGACAGGGGGCAGGCCCGACCCCGCGUGGUACCUGCUGGAGCCGACAUAGUGCCGAUGCUGGUGACGAUGUGGUGCGGAGGAACGAAGAAGUGACUCCCAGCUCAAGUUACCGUAGACAACACUUACGCUUCUUUAAUACUCAACAAUCUGAGAAUGCUUUCGUCAAGUAACUCUGCUAACUUAAUUCUGCCCUUAUGGGCUCAAAAAGUCAGCAAAUUCGGUAAGGUCACAGCAGUAAGCCAAGUCUACUGUGUCCUCCAUACUCGCUAAGUACAAUAUACAAGGUAGUUCCACCUCCAACUUCUCUCCACAUCAAACCUGGAAAUUAUUCAAGACCGAGUAACAUUUUUUUUACUAGAAUGUAUCGCUAUGACCCAAAGAAUGGCCAGAAUAUGUCCCGUCUAUUCCUGGCAUCUAUCUUUUUCCCCCAUACAGUAAACAAACCCAGUUAUGAAUACAAUAACUGUUGUGAUAUUGUUUGACUCGUUCUCGGCUGCACAAAGGAAUCCCUUGGGAUGAGUAGGGGGCAUUCGUACCUUUUGUUUUAUCUUUCUUCGAUCUUAGUCGCAGUCUCAGACCCACGCAUAUAUUUCAUUGUCGAAUCGCUCGUUCACAAUGACUUGUUUCUACUAUGUCUUGGGAUCCUUUCGCUCUCAAUCGACAGAGUCUCUCAGUCUCAAAAUUUUCAUUGACGACCAGUCAGAUACCCAACCAGCCCUAGGUUCCAGGGACCAAGUCAAAAGCUGUUGUGAAAACUCUCUCAUCACUGUGGCUUUACCAGCAUUACUCUAACCAAGCUGGAUUUACCACCAGUAGAACUAUAUUAAAUGGCUUUUUCUCCUUUUAUUUUCGCUAUCAGUUCCAACUCUCUCACGAUUUUCAAAAGAUAACUUCAAUAUUCAAAUCCCCACUUGAAUUCAACUCAUCUCCGCUUUAACAUGCCGUCCUUCAACAAUCCACCAAUGCCCCGAAACCAUACAGUUACAAUGGAUUUAGGAUAUGAUGAGGACAGCUCUAUUCUUAUCGUAUUCCGGACCAGCAUAGAAACGCUAGUUGCCAUUCGUCUAGUUGGUCCUGCAGGUCAGAUUCUCGAACAACCACCCCAUGAACUGUUCUUCGCUGGAAACAAUCUCCCACAAGUAUGUUUUGACAUACAGCACGACCAUCUCGCAGUAAGUAUACAAUUUUCCUGAAUAUCAGAUACGGCGGGUUUACUGAGUAUACUGGUGAUCUAGAUUGAACUUACGCGCAACAUCUCCGAAUACCACCUCAUACAGCUAUUUGAAUCUGCACGGGAUUUCAUUCUGAACAACCACAAAUCCUUGAUUGGAUCUGCGCCACAGAUUCUCGCCGUACAGCAAUUCGUAAAUUUUCCUUGGGUUUAUCAUAUCGACUGGGAACUUCGAUAUAAUUUAAAUGAAGAUAUCUAUAAGUUACCGCUUUCAUUUUUAUACGGCCAGGUAGGCUGGAUGUUUGGGUUCGUAACAUUGGUUAUCCUCUGAGUGAGCAGAUGAAGAGUGAUCUUACUAGAACACUGCAAAACUACCUUGAUGGAGAAUCAGACGGAAACUGGUUGAUCCGGAGAAUCGCUUUUGAUCCGCAAGAAUAA